AUGCGAUGCGCGAGCAAGGCCGCCGAGAGCGCGUCCGCUCGUCUCUGUGCGGACGCCGAAGCAGAAACCGCAGCAACUGAUGUCUCAUCGGUUGCUGAAGCGACUCAGCCUGUGUCACUUGGUGAUGCAGGCGCUGGUCAUGAAGACACUCAUGUCUUCACAGAGUAUGAGCUCGGUGUCUCAUACUCUCCUGAUACGGAAGACGGAUCCGUAUCGACGGCGAUCGAAUCCAAUCCGCCUGCCAAUCGUGGCAUGGAUGAUGCUAUGCGUCGUAGCAUCUUUGGUUCAUCUAAUGAAUCAGAUGAACCAUCGCCGAAGCGAAGGCGCUCGAGGUCGCGAGACUCGGGCGCUAACAGUGGUGUCGGUUCUUCUAUUGACACCACUUCGCAAAGAGGUGCCAGUACUUCUGUCGGCACGUCGUGA